ACAACUGAGCAUCACAAUGGAGGAGACGAGUCGGGAGGCGGUUGCCACGGCAGUGCAGCGCGUGGCAGGAAUGCUGCAGAGAUCAGACCAGCUGGACAAAGUUGAGCAGUACAGAAGAAGAGAGGCCAGAAAGAAGGCUUCAGUGGAGGCUCGGCUGAAGGCAGCCAUCCAGUCCCAGCUGGAUGGUGUCCGUACUGGACUGACCCAGCUGCACAGUGCCCUGCUGGACGUUAAAGACAUCCAGAGUUCACUGGCUGAUGUGAGUAAAGACUGGAGGCAGAGCAUCAACACCAUAGAGAACCUGAAAGAUGUCAAGGAUGCUGUUGUUCAACACAGUCAGCUGGCCUCUGCUGUGGAAAACCUUAAAAACAUCUUCUCAGUCCCAGAGAUCGUGGAAGACACUCAGCAGCUGAUAGAGCAGGGGGAGCUGCUGCAGGCCCACAGGAAGCUGAUGGAGCUGGAGUGUUCCCGGGAUGACCUCAUGUAUGAACAGUACCGCAUGGACAGCAAAAACACCAGUGACAUGAACCUCAUCUUUAUCUACUUUGAAGAUGUAAGUUCAGGGCUGUCAGAUGAGCUGGCCAAACAGUUGAUGGUACUGCAGAGGUCCAUGGUGACAGUUCGUCGUGACCCUACCAUGUUGGUGUCAGUGGUUCGUAUCAUUGAGCGGGAGGAAAAGAUUGAUCGGCGCAUGGUCGACCGUAAGAAGCAGACCGGGUUCAUCCCACCAGGGAGACCCAAACGAUGGAAGGACAAAAUGUUUGAGGUGUUGGAGGGGACAGUCAGCACCCGCAUUGAGGGCACCCAGGCAGUCACUAGAGAGGCUGAUAAAAUGUGGCUGGUUCGUCUUCUGGAAAUAACCAGGAAAUAUGUUCUGGAUGACCUCAUCGUUGUAAAGAACCUCAUGGUUCAGUGCUUCCCCCCUCACUACAACACCUUCAACAGGUUUUUCAGUCUCUACCACAAUGCUGUGUCAUGUCGUGUCAAAGAACUGGCCUUUGAGGACUUGGAAGCUAAUGAGAUUGUGUCCAUGCUAACCUGGGUUCUCAACACUUAUAAGAGUGAGGAGAUGAUGGGUCAUCCAGAGCUUCGUUCAGAGUGUGACAUCAACCAGUUGGAGCCUUUACUUCCUCAGGAUGUGGUGGAUGACCUCCUCAGCAAAUACGUACAGACAUUCACAUCUAAUAUAACAGGCUGGCUGAGGAAAGCUCUGGAAACAGACAAGAAGGACUGGCAGAAAGAAACAGAGCCUGAGGCUGACCAGGAUGGAUACUACCAAACCACACUGCCAGCCAUUGUCUUUCAGAUGUUUGAACAGAACCUGCAGGUUGCUGCACAGAUUGAUGGAGAUUUCAAAGAGCAGGUUCUGAAGCUCUGCCUGAAACAGAUGAACACAUUCCUCAUCAGGUACAGAGAGGAGGCAGUGGUUUAUAAAGAGGAGCACCUGAGAGACCGGCAGCUGCCCCAGUGUUAUGUGCAAUACAUGAUAGCCAUCAUUAACAACUGUCAGACAUUCAAUGAGUCCAUCAAGAGUCUGAAGAAGAAGUACUCUCAGUCAUCAGAGCCCACUGACAGUGACACUGCCAUAGGGAGGACACUCAAUGAGGUGGCCAAGGAAGGAUGUCAGUUCUUAUUGGAUGAAGUCUUCCUAGAUCUUGAAAAUCACCUUAAUGAACUGCUGACCAGGAAGUGGCUGACUGGCUCUCAUGCUGUGGACACAAUCUGUGUGACAGUGGAGGACUACUUCAAUGACUUCAACAAGAUCAAAAAACCCUUCAACCAGGAGAUGACGAGCGAGGCCCUGCGCAGGGUUGUGGUGGAGUACAUCAAAGCAGUGAUGCAGAAGAGGAUCACCUUCAAGAACGCUGAUGAGAGGAGGGAAGGAGCUGAGAGGAUGAUCAAAGAGGCUGAUCAGUUCAAGUUCCUCUUCAGAAAACUGGCUGCUGGUGAAGAUACAGACCGUCUGUGUGGUGCUAUCACUGCCACCGCUGAAGUCUUCAAGCUCACUGACCCAGCUCUGCUGUUCCUGGAGGUCACCACACUAGUGUCUAAAUACCCUGACAUCAGGGAGGAGCACAUCCAGGCAUUGCUGGCGGUGCGUGGUGAUGCCAGCAGGGAAAUGCGCCAGAUGAUCAUCGGGACUCUCAGUGAGAACAAAGUAUCCUACGCUGGUGUCACACAGCCCAUCUUCAAAGACAUCACUGUGCCCACUAUCACCAUGACAACCAUGACUACCAUGACCUCCAUGGCAACUGCAAAGCUUCUCAAAUAAAGCCAGUCACUAUGACACUAUUUCCACCUUCAGCACCUUCCAAGAUGAUAACAUGAUCAUUUCUUUUUCUACACUGUGUUGUCUCUAACUGUUUAAUGCAGCUCGCUGUGAUUUUGUCCCCACACUUUAUUUGCUGUUUUAUUGUCAUUGAGAUCACCCUUCUGCUUCAGAAAAUAAUAAAAUCGUAGUUGUAA